CACGAGCUUUUCCUUUCAACGUAGGGAAGGUGUGUUUCCUCGUCAUAGUAGUUUCUAAAGGUGUGCACUGUGGAUAUAGUAUUUACAUAAAUAACCUUUAUUUAUAAAUAAUUCCUGAUUAUUCUGAAGAUAAAGAUAUAAAACUGGAUUCCAAAUUCGUCGCGAUGGUUAAAGCACUUCGCCAAAAAUGCGAUUUGCGCUGCGAAUAUUUACAACUUCCUCAGAUAGUUUCGGUAACUUCAUUGUAUCAGCCAAAAGAAACAAAGCCUGCUGCACUCAAAUCGUUUAAAGAAAGAAGAUCUUUAACACUAAGAAAGGAUGAGUCAACCGAUGUUCGAAAGAAAUAUCCCCAUAAAUUACCGAUCAUUGUUGAAAAAGCAGAAGGUGAAAAGAGCUUGCCCACACUUGAUCGAGUAAAAUUUCUCGCUCCUGACGAUAUGAGUAUGUCACAGUUUAUUGGUAUUAUAAGGUCUCGUCUGAAUUUAAAACCUACACAAGCAUUCUACCUGAUGGUUAAAAACCGCUGUAUAACCACUUUGUCUCAGUCUGUUGCAGAGGUGUACUGGGAGCACAAGGAUGAGGAUGGCUUCUUGUAUACAACGUACGCUGCUCACGAAAUGUAUGGUUCAGACCAGUUCGCAGAGUCAAUGAAGCAGACAUGAUGAAGUGCUAACUUUAGAGACUGAUGCUCUGUAGAUCUUCGUAACUAUUUUGUGUUUGGACGCAUCAACUUGCUGUAAGAUAAGAAAACUUGUACGAAAGAAGUUACAUCUCGUACUUUUAGACUUUUUUGUACGUUUUGACUUGUAUGUAUUUUAUACUGCUGUGAUAUUUUUCAUUUGCUUAAUAAAAGGUUUUCGGAUAUUA